GGGAGCGGGUUGCCUGGGGCCGGAGUGGGGGAUAUGGGCCUCAUUCUCUCUCUCUCUCUUCCCCAAGAACUCCACCAAGGUGAUGUUCAAGUGCUUGUGGAAAAGCUGCGGCAAGGUUCUGAGCAGCUCCUCCGGGAUGCAGAAGCACAUCCGGACCGUCCAUCUCGGCCGGAAAGCCGACCUGGAUCAGAGCGAUGGCGAGGAGGACUUCUACUACACGGAGCUGGACGUCAACGUGGACUCCCUGACGGACGGGCUGUCCAGCCUGACUCCCGUCUCGCCCACCUCAUCGGUGCCCCCGGCCUUCCCUGUCCUGGAGGUGCAGCAGACCCCGCCGGUGCUGGUCAAGCCCGAGGAUUCGGUGGAGUCUCCUCUCAGUCAUUCAGCUCCAACCAGCUUGUGCCACGUCCACACCGACCACGCCUACCAGGGCUGCCCGACAGCGCUCCGCCCUGUUGGCAUGGGAGAGAAGCGGCCGCAGCUCCCUCACCUGCCCGUCGUCAAGACGCCCACUGCGGCGGUGCCCUCUGCCGUGCCAAAGCCAGCCACCGGCACCAGGUGAGUGGGGGCAGUCCCUG